GCAGACCAUCACAGGCAUCAGGCGAACUAGUCUAAGCUAUUCUUUUCCCAAGUCAUCUAUCUUCAUGGAGUAGGAGUGUACAAGAUUCGCGCUUCUUUCUCCCCAACUAAAAUGACUUCUUCGAUAGAGAAAGCUGGGGGCUCUUCUCCGGCUACUGCUAUCGAAAGUGAGAAAUCUAUCGACAAAUCUACUGCUUCCGACUCAACUAUAGCUCCGACAACGGGCAAGAAACAGGGAUCCCGCCCACCAUCCCCCCAUAAGAGUGACAAAGAUGGGGACAACAGUGAUGCUCUUUAUUCUCAUCUACCAGAACAUGAGAAACAGAUUUUGAAGAAACAGCUUGACGCGGAUGAAGUGAAAGUGUCGUUCUUCGCUCUUUUCCGCUAUGCAUCGAGGAUGGACAUACUUGUCAUCCUUGUAAGCGCGAUCUGUGCCAUUGCGGCGGGUGCAGCGUUGCCAUUAUUCACAAUACUUUUCGGUUCCUUAGCUUCAGCUAUGUCCAACAGAGUGGCAGAUCUCAUCUCAUACGAUGAAUUCUAUCAUCAACUGACGAAGAAUGUUUUGUAUUUCGUAUAUCUCGGUAUUGGUGAAUUCGUCACGGUAUACAUCAGCACUGUUGGGUUCAUCUAUACCGGUGAGCACAUCAGCCAGAAAAUUCGCGAGCAUUAUCUCGAGUCCAUCCUACGUCAAAAUAUGGCCUAUUUUGAUAAGUUAGGUGCCGGUGAGGUGACCACGCGCAUUACCGCUGACACGAACCUUAUUCAAGACGGUAUCUCGGAGAAAGUUGGACUUACACUUACAGCCAUUUCUACAUUUGUCACCGCGUUUAUUGUCGCAUAUGUGAAAUAUUGGAAAUUAGCACUAAUUUGCAGCUCGACUAUUGUCGCCCUCGUUUUAGUAAUGGGGGGAGGUUCUCGCUUCAUCGUCAAAUACAGCAAGAAAUCCUUGGACAGCUAUGGUGCUGGGGGGACCGUCGCGGAGGAGGUUAUUAGCUCGAUUCGGAAUGCUACUGCAUUUGGCACUCAGGACAAGCUUGCCAAGCAAUACGAGGCUCAUCUGGCCGAAGCAGAGAAGUGGGGAGUCAAAAACCAACUUAUUCUUGGCUUCAUGGUCGGUGGAAUGUUUGGUAUCAUGUUCUCCAAUUAUGGUCUCGGCUUUUGGAUGGGCUCUCGAUUCCUUGUCAAUGGAGAGGUUGAUGUUGGUCAGGUCCUUACUGUAUUGAUGGCAAUUUUGAUUGGCUCAUUCAGCCUGGGAAACGUCAGUCCGAAUGCUCAAGCAUUUACCAAUGCUGUGGCCGCGGCUGCUAAGAUCUAUACCACCAUUGAUCGCUCUUCACCAUUGGACCCAUAUUCGGAUGAUGGAGAGAAGCCUGACCACAUCGAAGGAAACAUUGAGUUCCGUAACGUCAAACACAUCUAUCCCUCCAGACCUGAAGUAACGAUCAUGGAUGGUGUCUCCUUAUCGAUGCCAGCCGGCAAAACCACAGCCUUGGUCGGCCCUUCCGGUUCUGGAAAGAGUACUGUUGUUGGGCUGGUUGAGCGUUUCUACUUUCCUGUUGGUGGCCAAGUGUUGCUAGAUGGCUAUGAUCUUCAGGACCUCAACCUUCGUUGGCUGCGUCGGCAAAUCUCGCUAGUCAGCCAGGAACCCAUUCUUUUUGGCACGACCAUCUACAAGAAUAUUCAGUAUGGGCUGAUUGGUACAAAGUUUGAGAACGAAUCCGACGACAAGAUCCGUGAACUGAUUGAGAAUGCGGCAAGGAUGGCCAACGCGCAUGACUUCAUCAAUGCUUUGCCUGAAAGGUACGAGACUAACGUUGGCCAGCGCGGAUUCCUGCUCUCUGGCGGACAAAAGCAGCGAAUUGCCAUUGCCCGCGCCAUUGUCAGUGACCCAAAGAUUCUUUUGCUUGAUGAAGCUACUUCUGCACUAGACACGAAAUCAGAAGGGGUUGUCCAAGCUGCUCUUGAUAAAGCCGCACAAGGUCGAACCACUAUUGUUAUUGCCCAUCGUCUAUCUACUAUCAAAGAUGCCCAUAACAUCGUUGUCUUGGUUGACGGCAAGAUUGUAGAACAGGGAACACACGAUGAACUAGUCGAUCGCAGGGGUACUUACAAUAACCUUGUAGAGGCUCAGCGCAUCAAGGAAGAAAAUGACGCGGAAGCUCUGGACGCUGAUGCCGAGGAUGAAGAUGUGUUCUCCAAGGAACAAAUAUCUCGUAUCAAGACUGCAGACAGCGGCUCGGCUUCGGCCUUGGAUAUCGAAUAUGAAAAGGUUUACUCGGGCAUCGGACGUUCUGCCACGCACAAGUCAGUAUCAAGCGCUAUUCUCUCCAAGAAGAGCCCGGAGAAAGCUAAAAAGUACUCACUCUGGUCUCUGGUCAAAUUUAUCGCUUCAUUCAACCGUCCUGAGCUGAACUACAUGUUGAUUGGCUUGGUCUUCUCCAUUCUUUCAGGAGGUGGUCAACCCACCCAGGCGGUCCUUUACGCCAAAGCGAUCAGUUCACUCUCUUUAGGUGUAGCAGGCCCAAGCAUGUAUGGCAAACUUCGACAUGAUGCAAACUUCUGGUCUCUGAUGUUUUUCGUUGUUGGAAUUGCUCAGUUCAUCAAUCUCUCUAUUCAUGGCGCCGCAUUUGCUGUUAGUUCGGAAAGACUGAUCCGUCGCGCGCGAAGCAAGGCAUUUAGAACGAUCCUUCGUCAAGACAUCACUUUCUUUGACAGAGAGGAAAACAGCACUGGUGCCCUGACGUCUUUCUUGUCUACCGAAACGAAACAUUUGUCGGGAGUCAGUGGCGUGACUCUGGGGACAAUUUUGAUGACUAGCACGACUCUUGGCGCUGCCAUUGUGAUCUCCCUAGCAAUCGGGUGGAAAUUAGCUUUGGUUUGUAUUUCCGUUGUCCCAGUCCUUCUGGCGUGUGGAUUCUACCGUUUCUACAUGCUUGCUCAGUUCCAGCAGCGUUCCAAACUUGCUUACGAAGGGUCUGCGAGUUACGCUUGUGAGGCAACCUCGGCUAUCCGCACUGUGGCCUCUCUCACCCGCGAACAAGAUGUGUGGACAGUAUAUCACUCCCAGCUGGAAGCACAAGGGAAGAAGAGCCUAGUUUCCGUUCUGUGGUCUUCGAUAUUAUAUGCUAGCUCACAGGCCUUGGUUUUCUUCUGCGUUGCUCUCGGUUUUUGGUAUGGAGGCACGCUCCUAGGCAAACACGAGUAUUCAGUUUUCCGCUUCUUCGUCUGCUUCUCUGAGAUUCUCUUCGGUGCACAGUCUGCGGGAACCGUCUUCUCCUUUUCCCCGGACAUGGGUAAGGCGAAGAAUGCCGCAGCCGAAUUUAAGAAACUGUUUGAUAGGAAGCCGGCCAUUGAUACGUGGUCAGAAGAUGGCGAGAAGCUGGAGUCAGUAGACGGUACAAUUGAAUUCCGCGACGUGCAUUUCAGAUACCCGACUCGUCCCGAGCAGCCUGUUCUCCGGGGUUUGAAUUUGACAGUAAAGCCCGGACAAUAUAUUGCCCUUGUGGGACCCAGUGGAUGCGGAAAGAGUACUACUAUUGCAUUGCUUGAGCGCUUCUAUGAUGCACUGUCCGGAUCUAUACUUGUGGAUGGCAAGGAUAUCACCCAACUCAAUGUUAACUCAUACCGAAGCUUCUUAUCCUUGGUCAGUCAGGAACCGACCUUGUAUCAAGGGACUAUCAAAGAGAAUAUCUUGCUUGGCGUCGAGCAAGACGAGACCCCAGAGGAGGCAGUCGUUAAGGCGUGCAAAGAUGCCAACAUCUAUGAUUUCAUUAUGUCUCUUCCGGACGGAUUCAACACCGUGGUCGGCAAUAAAGGAGGCAUGUUAUCUGGUGGGCAAAAGCAACGAGUCGCUAUUGCGCGCGCCCUUCUUCGUGACCCUAAGAUCCUCCUUCUAGAUGAAGCCACUUCUGCACUUGAUUCCGAAUCUGAAAAGGUUGUACAGGCGGCGCUGGAUGCCGCUGCCCGAGGUCGAACUACAAUUGCCGUUGCCCACCGGCUGAGCACGAUCCAAAAGGCCGACGUUAUCUAUGUUUUUGACCAGGGCAAGAUCGUUGAAAGCGGAACACACCAGGAACUGGUUCGCACGAAAGGCCGUUACUAUGAAUUGGUCAACCUACAGAGUUUGGGCAAGGACCACUAAUCAUAAUGUUUUCAUAUAUGCUAUCCAAAAUACCCUUCUGUCAUCUCCAUCUUACCCCUAUAUACCAACUACACCAGACAACGGUAUCAUUAUGUUCUUUUGACUAUGCUCUGCUUGAAGUUUAUCUAUAUUCCCCUUUAUCUUCUCUCCUCUCAUACCUGCCAUAUAUAUCAUGCAUAGGCCUUGUGGCGAGCACAUGUUGGUUUCUCGCUCUGAUUAGCUUGAAAGUCCCCCGACAGUUAUCAUCGUUCCAGACAUAUAUGAAUUUGAAACACUUAAUCAGGAAAGGGAAAACGAAGAAGAAAUAUCCAUGGGCAUAUUACGAUAUCACAUAGGUUGAAACAAAUAUUAGUUUGUUCAGCGCAUAAAGACUUGCUAGCCUUUGAGUAGUCAACGAUCCUCAAAAAUGCUAGACUCGGAUUCAUAGUAGUUAAUCUCGAUCACCGACCCCAUAUGUUCUCUGCACAUCUAUCUGGCGCACUCCGCGGGCAUCAGCAAUAAGAGCCAUCAGGCCUCGUCCGAUAUCUUUUAUUUCAUUGUACUCGUGAAGAAGACAAAUAUGUCGCUGGACCGUUGCAGACGGAUCGUCCCU